AUGAAUGCCGACAAGUGGAUUUUCCCUUUAGCCCUGUGCUUCAUUUGUGCAUCUUCAAACGAUGAGCAGCACUUUGAGAAAUCGUGCGGGCAGAAUCCGAAUCUGUGUGAGAUGCUCACAGUCAGCACUCCACUUGGCUCGUCUGUGCUUCUUCCAUGCAACUUUUCAACCAGCGGCCUCGGGAAGGUGUCGUGGGGCCGCGCUUCCGGGGAAAACCUGCUCCAUCUCAUGUCUGAUGGCCACGUGCAGUUCAUGCUACCCAAAGAGGGCCGUGUGAAAGUGUUCCCAAACCAGGGCUCGAGGGGGAAAUAUCCCAUCAGGAUCGAUGACCUUCAGGACUCUGACCUGGGGCGUUACUGCUGCUCGCAGGGAGAUAAGUGUCAUCAGGUGGACUUGCAUGUCACAACAGGCACACUGAGUGAAGAGACAUGGCGACUGAUCUACAUCUGUGUUGGUGUGGUAACGUUCAUCCUGCUGGGUGUCAGCAGCUACUUCCUCCACAAAAAGAUGACACAGGACAGUACCAACAAUCUUAGCGUAGAUAUUGAGGUAGUCAGUGACCCACCUGCACCAACAGGCCGAGAGCCACAACAUGGAGAACUCGGAGGAGCAGACAACCAUAGUCUUGUUUACGAGAACGAUGACCAGGACCCAGCCAACCAGCAGGGGGACCCCAAAAUAAACUAUUGUAGUACUGUAGGUCUCCCUGAUCUAUACAAAGCUCAGACAACUCAGAGCACUGUUUAUGCAAACUUGAACCAGUUUAAUUUUGAGAUGGUGGAGAGUCAGAGAACUACACACAGAUUCCAAAGAGAAGUCUACGACAGAUCAGGAAAAUCCUGUUUCACUCAACAUGAUUAUGUUAACCAAGAUGAAAUCAGCAAUCAACAAACCAUGUCAGCUACAGUGGAGAAUCAUGGGAGAGGUUUCAGGAAGAAGAAAGCCAAAGCAAAUCGUGAAUACAACAACCCGAUAUACAACAGAAGCCAAGAACAGCUCAACCAAUAGAGAGCCACCUGUCGUGAUGUUUUCAGAAUCAGCAUCCUGUCAUGAUUACAGUCCCUCAUCAGUCAUUUCCUGUUUGUUUUUUGUCUUCAGCAAAUAAAGAUCCUCAAACCCACAAAAAA